AUGGCACCCCGUCAGCCCCUCAAGCUGCUUAUGCUGCACGGCUAUACUCAGUCCGGGCCAUUGUUCUACGCCAAAAGCCGCGCUCUCAUCAAACACCUGACCAAGGCCUUCCCCCUCCACGACGUCUCCGCCUCCUACCCAACAGGCCCCGCCCGCCUCAACCCCGCCGACAUCCCCGGCUACGAGCCGCCCGCCGAACGCUCCCCGGCAGACCAGCAGCAAGAGGAUGAGAAAAUCGAGGCGUACGGCUGGUACCGACGCUCCGAUGCCGCCGAAUCACCCCUCUACGUCGGCCUCGAGGACGGCCUGGCCGCUAUCGCCAAGGUCCUCCGCGACGAGGGUCCGUUUGACGGCGUCAUCGGCUUCUCGCAGGGCGCCGCAAUGGCCGCAAUGGUCGCGUCGCUGCUUGAGCCAGGGCGCAAGGAGGCCUUCGCGCACUUUGCCGACCCCGAGGUUGCCUCGCACGGCGCCGGGCUCAAGCAGCCCGUAGCCAGUAUUCCCUACCCGGCGUCCUUUGCUCAGAUUGUCCAUCCGCCUCUAAAGUUUGCGGUGUGCUAUAGUGGAUUCCGCUCGCCUGGUCCGCGCUACCGGUCUUUCUAUGAGAACCCGCCAAUCCAGACGCCGGUGUUGCAUGUACUGGGGUCGCUGGAUGCUGUUGUCGAUGAUACGCGCAGUCGGGCGCUGAUCGAGGCGUGUGCGGGGAACCCAGAGGAGGAAGGGAAGGUUGUCUGGCACCCCGGGGGUCACUUUCUGCCGAGCCAGAGGCCGUACUUGGACGCUGCGGUGAUGUUCAUUAGAGGUCAGUUGGAGGGAAAUAAAGCCAAAGCGGAUGCGAAGGAGGAGGAUGCGUGGGAGAUGGAUGUGCCGUUCUAG